AUGCAGCCUGAACCGGCUUCCCACAUUGAGCUAUUUACCGCGACAGAGCUCCUCGCACAGCAAUGGCUACGGGAUCUAACCCGUAUGAUUAAUGACAGCUAUCUCGUCAGUCAUACAGAGCAAAUCCAAUUCGAUGCUGGGAAAAUUCGGCUGAAAACCGAUUCACGGCUCUCUGAAGAAUUAGGCAGAGAUGGGUUCACAGCUGUUGCAUUUGAAAACUCGGAGGUGAUUGGGACAGCGAGUAUGAAACCGUGGAAAGACGACGGGCUCUGGAAGCCCCUUGAUCACUUCGCUGUGAAUGAAGCAGGAGACCAAAUCAAUGACAAGAUAGACGAGACGCUUAAUGAAAUCGCACUCCCUGGAGACUACGAGCUCGCGCUAGUGGCUCUUCCACCUGGACCCCGAUUCCGAGGGAAAGGAAUAGCAAGAAAGCUGGUGAAAGUGUGCGAAGAGGAAGUUUUGCGGCGGCGGAAAGCCACUGGAAAUAGCGGAUCUGCUGUGAUCAUGAUCCGUGUGGUCCAGGAAAAUAGCGGGAGCUAUUGGCUGAAGCAAGGGUUUAUCCCCGUUGGAAAACAGCCUGGACCCGAGGCUUGGGAGGCUUCGAUGCCCUUCACUAUGUGGGCAAUGGUGAAAUAUCUCCAGAGUGAAUCUAUGCCCAUUUGA